AUGAGUAGUGGCGAAGGAGAGCUGUAUGCAACGAAGGAGCAAACAGCCAAGGUCUUUCAAAGGCUGACUUCUAGGUUGGAGAAUCGUGUUUGUUUUGAUUGCGGCACUAAAAACCCAACAUGGACAUCUGUGCCAUAUGGUGUGAUGCUAUGCAUUCAAUGUUCCGCAGUACAUAGAAAUUUGGGUGUCCACAUCACUUUCGUUAAAUCGUCUACCCUGGAUAAAUGGACAGUGAAUAACCUGAGAAGAUUCAAGAAAGGCGGGAAUCAUAAGGCUCGUGAAUACUUUUUGAAAAACAAUGGUAAACAAUUUUUAAGCACGUCAAAUGUCGAUGCCCGUUUAAAAUAUACAAGCAAAACUGCCAAGAACUACAAGGACCACCUGGAUAAACUUGUCGAAGAAGAUGCCGAGGUUCAUCCGGAAGAACUUGUGCUGGACGAACAGGACUCAAGUAAUGCUGUUAAGGGGGAUGGUAACACCGAUGAGGAGGAUUUUUUCGCCAAUUGGGAAAAACCAAAGAACUCAUCAUCGACUUCAUCAUUGAAUAACUCAAGAUCAUCAACCCCCGCUGCGUCUAUCAACGGAUCAGCUGCAAAACCAGCCGCAAAACCAGCCAACACUAGUAGAUCUUCUAUACUGUCAAAUAGUAGAAGAAAGGCAACGACCUCAUCUACAAGUACAAAAAAACAUUCGAUUCUAUCUUCGUCAAGAAAACCAACCAGAGUUGCAGCUAAUAAAGUCGAUAAAUCAGAAGCAGAUGAUCUUUUCAAUCAAUUUGCACAACAGGCUGAAAGAGAAAAGGUUGAGAAACAAUCUAAUGAUUUCGAUAGUAAGCAACGCAAGACCAAAAUAAGCUAUGGAAACAAUUCAAUAAAUGAUGAAGAAAGCUAUAAAACGAUUGAUCCAAAUGAUAAGGCCGAACAGGAUUUCUUCGACGAUGAUGAAAACGAUCAUAGUAGAGAAGAUGAAAAAUCCUAUCAAGUGGAAGAUUUGAAACCACAAUUAGCAAAGUUGAGCUUUGGUAUGACAAUGAAUGAUGCUGAUGAGUUAGCAAAAAAACAGAAGGAAAUGAGAACUGCAUCGUCUGGACCAAAGUAUACGGGUAAAAUCGCCGCUAAAUAUGGGUCACAAAAGACAAUUUCAUCUGACCAAUUUUUUGGUCGUGGUACAUAUGAUGAAAAUGAAUCUCGUGAAGCAAAGCAGAAGCUGAAGAAUUUCGAUAAUGCAACUUCAAUUUCGUCAUCAUCUUAUUUUGGUGAGGAAAACGAAGGAGAUAAAGAUUUUUCAAAUGAUAUGAAUAACAACAGCGGUAGCAAUAGAAGUUACGGAAGUUACGGUAACACUAGUAGUAGUGAUGGGUUUAUCGAGUUCAAUUCCAAUAAUGACGACGAUAUGCAAAUGCUGAAAGACGUUGUGGAACAGGGUGCACAAAAGUUGGGAUCUUUCCUCAGAGACUACCUAAGGAAAUAG